AUGGCGGAAUUCCCUGGUUUUGGCCGUCAUUGUAACUUCGAUGACUGUAACUUGUUAGAUUUCCUUCCCAUUCAAUGUGAUGCGUGUGAAAAAGAUUUUUGUAGUUCGCAUUACUCGUACGAUGCACACUGCUGUCAAUCUUCAUAUAAAAGGGAUGUCCAAGUGCCAGUAUGCCCGUUAUGUAGUAAGCCAAUUCCAGUAGCACGAGGAGAGCGUCCAGACAAACGAGUAAGCGAUCACAUCGAUUCCAAAUGUAAAUCAAAUCCUGCGAUUGCAUUAAAAGGAAAAAUUUAUGCUCAUCGUUGCUCACAACGAAAUUGUAAGAAAAAAGAGCUUGUUUCUAUUAAGUGUAAUCAGUGUGGGAGAAAUUUUUGUUUAAAGCAUCGAUUUCCAGCCGAUCAUGAUUGUAUGGAAGUGAAAAAUGAAAGGAGACUCUCAAAUGCAGCAUUAGCCGCUUUGCGUCGUAAUAAAAACUGUUCCCAGAAUGAAUCAGUCACAAAAGAAUCUGGCAACAAUCCUCGAUUACCGGUUAACUCAGUGUCGGAAGAUGAAGCACUAGCACGGGCCAUGCAGGAACUGUUAAAUAACUCCAAUGAUUACAUAACUUUAGAAGAACGCGACAGAGCCAUUGCAGAAGAAAUGCAAGCGAUGGAGUAUCAGCAACAAUUGAAAGAGCAGCGAGUUCCAGCGAAUUCAAAUCAUGAAAGGUGCAUUAUUUCAUAG